CUAUCUGAGGUUGAAGAGCGUCAAUAUGUGCUUCUCAAAGACGGCCAACGGCGGUCGCUCUAUCUGCAGGAUCACAUACUCGUCUCCUGCCUUCCACAGGAGCAUACACACAUGACAUCACGUGUAUGAGUGGGGAGAGGGACAUGUCUGUCUGUCUGUCUGUCUGUGUUGGCUGACCGACCUCGCAGAUUGCCCUUGAAGACCGUGCCGUACACGCCAGCGCCCAGGCAGUAGUCGGGGCGGAAACAGUGGGUGGCAUAUUCCAACUCCUGAUAUGUAUUUGGAGAGCACCCGCCACUGCCAAUGGCGUGUAUGGCAUGUGCUCCCUCUAUCUCCUCAACACCCACUUACGUCAAAGCGGUACUGCCAUGAGUCGACGCACUUUCCCGAAGCCCACCAAGAUGUGCUGCUCGAAGAUGGCUGGCGGCACAAGAUACACACAAGAUACACACACACCACGUGUAUGAGUUUUCCGCAGUAGACUCACAGGCGGGCCCCAGUGUCUCUGUACUGUGGGUGAAGAUGAUGUCGUACAGCCAUUCGAUGACCUUUCUUGCCUUCUUCAGAUAUGAACUGGUGGACCAAGGCAAUCACCAACACCAGGACAGGACGGAGAUCAGCACAAUUGCCCAAGCCUGCACACAAAGGCGAAGAAAGGCAUGAGCAGUCGUCGCUCGUAGGGCAAGGAUGGAAGUCUUUGCGCUUUCUUUGAUAGACACAACUUCAAGGCCUUGAACAUCAGCUGCAGCGGCUGCAUUGGCCUUUUUGGCGAGAUGCUCAUGGUCUCCUCCGCCUCGUGGUUGAUCCGCGGUGCUAACUUACGGAUGAUCGUGUCGAGGCCGCCCAACAGCUGCGCACGAGUUGGGUAGGGGUCCAGCACGCAGAAAGGGGCAGAGAUCUUAUGGAUGCCUGUGUGAACACACACAGACAGACAUGAACAGCAGUGUGCUGUCGUGUGGGUGCAUGCCCUGCUUGUAGUAGUGGAUCUCUUUCUGGCGCAUGGCACAGUAGUGGGCCAACACAGCCUUUAGGUCGUCCUUGGUCUGCUGAGUGAGGAUGUCCUCCACAAUCAGCUGCAAAUAGAGCGACAACGCAAACACAGUGACGCACUUUCUGCGACUGACCGUGGUGUGUGCGUACCUUGCUUGUAGUGAUGUGUGUUCUGCUGCAUCGCACACGAGUGGCAUCAUUCCCUCCACCCUAAUCCCUCCCCCCAAGGCCCCCCCCCCUCGAGCAGUGCCGUGAAUGCACUCAUGCAUAUGCCAGCAAAUAUAAAAUGUAGGCAGCAAUAUGAUGGUGCUCGCCUCCCAGCUUCUCUGUCAGGCUCCUGGAGUAAAAUAUACGAGACACGUGAAUGGAAGAAAUGACACCGACAGUAGAUUAAUGACCAUUGUGCCCGAGGUGAAUCUCGGCGCGCCCAAUUCGCCGCGUCGACGUGGAGACAGACAAAGAGACACAGACCGACUGACUAACAGGGGCGGUGGCGGGUUCGGGGGGGUUGGAUCGCCACACGUGAGCGUGAUCUUGGGGGCUGCCGGGGCCGUGGGUGGACGGCCACAGCGGGGCAAUUCGUUGUCGGUGGGGGGCGGUGGCGCGUUUGGGGGGGGUUGGACGGGGCGGCCCGCAGUAUAUGCUGCUUUUGCAAUCUCUCGGAGCUCCUUCAGCGCCUCCUGCGCCGACGGCCGUCUGUCGGGGUCCUCCGAAAGGCAC